AUGCCUUCGUUUGUGUUAAAAUGCAUGCUGCUGUGUGCGUUGACGGGUGGGACAGUGUGUGGCUGCGUGCUGAAGAAUCACACCCUGUGGAUUGAGAGGCAGGACUGUGCCCAGUGUGUGGCUAUCAACACUACCAUCUGCAGUGGCUACUGCUAUACACAGGACACCAAUUUGAAGGGGCGGUUUGGGAGGACGUUUCUGAUCCAGCGCAGCUGUGUGCCCCUCUCCCUGGUGUACCAAGCUGCCAGUUUUCCCGGCUGCCCCCAGGAUGUCACCCAGCAGCUGUACUAUCCCGCGGCCCGCGGCUGCGGCUGCAGGCGCUGUGACACACGCAGCCACCACUGUGUCCGCACCAGGCGAAUCUCUUUAGACCAAUGCCCCGUGACACUGGGCGGUUUGGAGAACCAGAAUCGAUCUGCUUUAGAGAUCUGAUA